AUGGCGUUAAGAAAUCAAUUUGACGAUCCGUUCAAUGAUCCUUUCUUUCAAGAUAAUAUGUCGGCAAGAGUUAACCACUUUAACCCUUUCGCCCAAGAUCCGUUUUUCAAUCAUUCGAGAAGUGCGAUCGCCAUGAGCAAUCCCAUGAUGAUGAUGCCGAAUAACCCUUUCAUGGCAAUGGAGAAUAUGAUGAAUAAUAUGAUGGCUCCUUUUCAUAAUUCACUACUAGGAAUGCAUUCGCCAAUGAAUGACUUCCGAAAUUUAGAAAGAAAUGCAAACUGCCACACUUUUUCGUCUUCAUCAAUCAUGACUUACUCAAGCAAUGGCGGCGAUGGUCAACCGCAGAUUUAUCAAGCCUCUAGUAGUACCCAUUCUUUACCUAAUGGUAUAAAGAAAAUUAGAAGAACAGUAAAAGAUUCAGCCAGCGGAUUACAUAAAAUGGCAAUUGGACAUCACAUUGGCGAUAGAAGCCAUACCAUCGAAGAUGCGAGGAAUAUGAAAACUGGCUCUCAUGAACAUGUACAGAAUUUGGUCAAUCUUACUGAAGAGGAUGCCGAAACAUUUGAUAGAGAAUGGCAACAGGCUACAAAAGCUGAAGCGCACGCACCCGCAAUUCGUAAUCAUAGGCAUCAACGGAAAGGUAUUCAUCGAGGUUUGCCAGGCACUGAGAAAGUAAGACCUAAUCGCUUGCAUAAGAAAGCGCCCUUAAAUGCUUCCAAAGAGUACGUACCACCAACUCCACCGCGUGGUGGUGGUAGAGAACAGGAUAAUUUUCAUAGCCACAGCUCAAGGCAUGUUCGCUUUGACAAUAAUAACACCCAUAGCAGACGUUACUAAUUACUGCUUUUGCAAAUAACACUGCAAAAAAU